CAACUCCCAGGUUCAACCUCCUUCGUGGUGGGGUUGAACUGGACGUUUAUACUCUUAUACAUACAUAACCCUGGUCUUGGCUUCACAAUUCAGCAUUGCCAUCUACGUACAUACCGCCGUAGUUCAACUCACCACAGCUCCGCUGAUCGGAUCAGAAUCUUUAUCAGAUCUUUUUGAUCAAGAAAGACAGGGAGGUCCCUGGCAGAUCAUGGCAUGGUACCGCCGGCCAGCUGCAAGGGGCCAAGAACUUGUUGGAAACGAGCCUUUUUCAUGCCACCUCUGCUGCUCUGGUGCUCUGCCACGAGAACAAUGGUAAGUGAUCAGCCAAAACAAUGAUUCCGUGGUGAUCUUUGUUGGGCUCCAAGUCGAGGCGGUGGCGGCCCGCGUAGCUCUCUCGAACAAGUCUAAGUGCAUGCGAGGCAAAUCAACGGCUCAGGAACCGUUGCCCCGCGGGGAGUCUUUCUCCAAUUAAAAUAUGGUGGGGAGUGGGAAGGGGGUCGAAGGGGGGUCCAGUUAGGCGGUGUGAUCCAUCUCAUCAGUUCGCUGGGGAAUUUCAUAAAACAAAGCUUCCUCCCCCUCCCCAUCACCGCCCCUCCUUUCUCGAAAUUCUCCGAAUUCUUCAGUUUUCCUAAUCCCGAACACAGUCCUUCAAGAUGGCCGGCCUUCCUCCUGUUUACAUUGUCAGCGCUGCGCGCACUCCCCUAGGGAGCUUCCUCGGCUCUCUCUCGAGCCUCACUGCUAUUCAGCUUGGUUCCCAUGCCAUCAAGUCUGCGGUUGAGCGUGUGCCCGAGAUCAAGCCUGAGGAUGUGGAGGAGGUCUUCUUUGGCAAUGUCCUCUCUGCCAACCUCGGCCAAGCCCCAGCCCGCCAGUGCGCCAUCGGCGGUGGCCUCUCCGAAUCCGUCCCCUGCACAACCAUCAACAAGGUCUGCGCCUCCGGACUGAAGGCCAUCAUUCUCGGUGCCCAGACCAUCAUCACCGGCAACGCCGACAUCGUCGUCGCCGGCGGCACCGAGUCCAUGUCCAACACCCCCCACUACCUCCCCAACCUACGCACCGGCACCAAGUACGGCGACGCCGGCCUCGUCGACGGCGUACAAAAGGACGGCCUCCGCGACGCCUACGGCAAGCAGGAGCUCAUGGGCAUGCAGGGCGAGCUCUGCAGCCAGGAACACAACCUCUCCCGCGAGGCCCAGGACGAGUACGCCAUCAAGACGUACCAAAAGGCCCAGGCCGCCACCGAGGCCGGUCUCUUCACCGAGAUCGCCCCCAUCGAGGUCCCCGGCGGCCGUGGCAAGCCCGCCAUCAAGAUUGACCGUGACGAGGAGGUCAAGAACCUCAACAUUGAGAAGCUCAAGACUGUUCGUCCGGUCUUUAUUCCCAACGGCGGCACUGUCACCGCCGCCAACGCUGCUCCCAUCAACGACGGCGCCGCCGCUGUUGUGCUUGUCUCUGAGCGCAAGCUCAAGGAGCUCGGCAUCAAGCCCCUUGCCAAGAUCCUUGGUUGGGGCGAUGCCGCUCGCGACCCUGCCCGCUUCACCAUUGCCCCUGCGCUUGCUAUCCCCAAGGCUAUCAAGCAUGCUGGCAUUACUGCUGAUGAUGUCGACUACUAUGAGAUCAACGAGGCUUUCUCCGUUGUUGCCCUCGCCAACAUCCAGCUUCUUGGUCUUGACGCCGAAAAGGUCAAUGUCUUUGGUGGCUCCGUCGCUAUCGGCCAUCCUUUGGGCGCUUCUGGUGCUCGUAUUGUCACCACUCUCACCUCAGUCCUGAGGGAGAAGAAGGGCAAGAUUGGUGUUGCUGGUAUCUGCAACGGUGGUGGCGGUGCUUCGGCUUUGGUUAUUGAGAAUCUGCAGUGAGUGAUGAAACCUUGGCUUUGAAGAGAAAGUGUGAAUGUCUUUAUGGCUGGUUUGGGUCAUUUGGCAUAGGGAAAGGAAGGGGGUGUCACGGCGUUUAAUAGCUCAGGCGGGGCUGCGAAUACACAAAACACAUUUAAUAAGGGAUAUGAUCUGAUUGAAAAUGGUUGUGUUUUUCCUUCGGGGUUUUAGAUCGGUAGCUUCUUCUUCUUCGUCGUCGUCGUCCUCAGUUGAGCAGCCUAUCGCCAGGCCUAGCCUUUAAUUUCUCGGCUCUUUAGCAGAGAGAGAAAGAGAGAGAGAGUGAGAGUCGAAUAAUACAAAUCGUCGCUUCCAAA